UACUGCAAUGUAUUCUGCCAUCCGAUCCUGAACAGGAACAGCCACCGCUAGAGCGGCACAACAAAUUAGCUCAACGAACAUUCACAAGCCCCAACAUGUCCCGUAACUGGGCUUUCCUGUCCAGCUGUUUUGCUGUUGCCGUCCAUCUGCUGUAUCUAGAGGCAGUGCCAAUUAGUAUGGACAAGACUAAAAUCAAGCCACAGGAAGAGAAAGUUCAAGAUCCUCCGCCUAGUGUUGACACUGGACUCCACUAUGACCGAUACCUCAGGGAAGUCAUCGAUUUCUUGGAGAAAGAUCCACAUUUUAGAGAGAAGCUUCACAACACUGACAUGGAGGACAUCAAGCAAGGGAAGCUGGCUAACGAGCUCGACUUUGUCGGCCACCACAUCAGAACCAAACUGGACGAGCUGAAAAGACAGGAAGUCAACCGUCUACGGACACUCAUCAAAGCUAAGCAAGAUGUCGAAGGAGGGAACGACAUGGUAGUGGACCACCAGGCCCUGUUGAAACAGUUUGAGUACCUGAACCACAUGAAUCCGCACACCUUUGUAGUGGAUGACCUGGAUCGACUGAUCAAAUCUGCCACAAAUGACCUGGAAAACUUUGACAAGGACCGCCAUGAGGAGUUUAAGAAAUACGAGAUGAUGAAGGAGCAUGAUAGACAGGAACACCUGAGGACUCUGGACGAUGAAGGAAGGAAGAAGGAGGAGGAGCAUUACGAGGAGAUGAAGAAGAAACAUGCCGACCAUCCCAAAGUCAACCAUCCAGGUAGUGAGAAUCAGUUGAAAGAGGUGUGGGAGGAAGGUGAUGGUCUGGACCCGGAGGAUUUUGACCCCAAAACCUUUUUCAACCUGCACGAUACCAAUGGAGACGGUUUCUUUGACGAACAAGAGUUGGAGGCUUUGUUCACUAAAGAGCUGGAGAAGAUCUACGACCCGACCAACGAGGAGGACGACAUGGUGGAGAUGGAGGAGGAGCGCCUCCGGAUGAGAGAACAUGUCAUGAACGAGGUGGACUCAAACAAAGACAGACUGGUGUCUCUAGAAGAGUUCUUGGUCGCCACAAAGAAAAAGGAAUUCCUGGAGCCAGACAGCUGGGAGACGCUGGAGCAGAACCAGGCCUACACGGACGAGGAGAUGAGGGAGUUUGAGGAGCACCUGGUCCGCCAGGAGCAGGACUUGAACCAGAAAGCUGCAGAACUCCAGAAGCAGAAGGAGGAGCUGGAGAGGCAGCAGGAGCAGCUCAACGCCCAGAAAGUGGAGCUGCAGCAGGCAGUAGAGCACAUGGAGCGGUUGAAAAUCCAGAAUGUGGAGGCCCCUCCUGAGGUUCAUAUUGAGGGAAAUGCCGUCCCUGACCAACAGGUGCAUGACAAUGUUCUGGCUCCAGGCCACCAAGCUCUGCACCAGGAUCCUCCCCAGGACUAUCACGAAGAACUCCCAAAAAGUCCAGAUUUGCCUCCAGCUCACAACGAUCUACCCCCAGUCCAUGAAGCAGUUCCGGAAGCCUUGCAUGACCUGCCGUAGGGCUGCAACCCCCCUCCUCCCUCCAGCUGUCUCAUAGACUGGUGCUACUUGUGGACACACCUCUGGCGUCAUGAAACCACCUCAGCAGACUUCUGAAACCACCUCAGCAGACUUCUGAAACCACCUCAGCAGACUUCUGAAACCACCUCAGCAGACUUCUGUACAGUCCUUACAGCCAUGCCCCUGAGUACCAAGGUGGCCCCUUUUGUCCAUGUUUGGCUCCUGGUCUCCUCAUGUUGGAGGCAGGGAUGGAGAACCCACCAGUGUCUCUCUCCUUUCUUGAGGUCACACAAAUACAAUCCCAAAAUGUUAUGUCGAGAGUUUCAGAAUUUUUUUACGUUAGCCUGUCAGGGUCAGGGAAUUAGGAUUUGACCGACAUCAAAUCAGCAACUUCUUCAUCUAUUUCAAAUACUUGAAGCAUGCUUGAUUUAGCCUGCUUGCCCAAGAAAGUGGGCAUAGUUUGCACUUCUGAGAUUAUUUAGAUACAUGUCUAAAUAAAUAUUGUGACUCAGGUCUGUAGACUAGCCUACAUCUGCACAAAUUGUUUAUUUAAAAAUGUUCAUAAAUGUAAUGAUCCGAAACAAUGGUCAAGACUUGUGGUAAUAUGGUUUUAAUAUUUUGAUGCAUUGUCAGUAUCUGUAGAACAUUUGUUGCCUGAUUUGGGAAUUCUUACGUGUCAGUGAGUGCAGUUGUGUGUUCAAAGGCUCAGAUAUUUUUCAGGCCUUCGUUUUGAAGAGGGACAAAGUAAUCAUCUUCUUUGUGGACUGUGGUGUGUUCAGGUUUUGCUGAUCUCAAGUAGGUUGCAAUGGUAGGUUGACUGCAACUGCAAAACUAGGAUCUAUACCAUCUGCAGACCAGUGACAGUCCAUUUUUCUUUGUGUUUUCUAGUCAUGGUUGCUGUGUGUUUGAAAUGCUGCUGGUUUCCUACUGGUUUCUCAGUAUCCCCACCUCUUCAUGUCUGGAACUUGAACUCUAGUGGUCUCUAGUUGGAGCACAGAAGAGAUAUGACUGCUAGUGACUGUGCCUACCAAUCCUACUUAAAUACCAGGGGGAAUGGUCACAUGGCUGGUCUGCAACCUACCAGCUGAAGUCCACUUUCCCCCUAUUGGCCCGUAGAGAAAAGCAUUGACCUGAGACGCGUUAUUUUGCACAAUAGGGUAGGCUUUCUCCCAAGAUCAUGAAAGAAAUUCGAAAUUUGCUGUACUGGAAGAAUUAAGUUUUUUUAAUUGA